AUGGGCCUCUAUCAUACGCCGCACAACACUGAUGUUUUCGUCAGUCGUCGCCGUAGAAGGCCGUCCCUCACGCAGAUCAUCGGUGAGAUUAGACCGACCACGCUUAAAUUCAUUGAACCAGUUGUAAACAGUGGCACGAGAUGGGGCUUCAUUAUGAAAGGCCAAUCGAAGUCUAUUGGCACGAACCAGUUACUCCAAGCGACAGAUAAAAAUUACUACCUCGUGUCUGAAGCGUACAGCCUUGCCCAAAAGCUAUUCGGCCAGGGACGAGUAAGCUAUGGAAGAACUAAGAACCGCUCGUUGAUGACUAUAGACACAUUCGUAGACCUAGUCACCAUAAUGAACGACCAAAUGGCUAGAGACUUGAGGAGUGCUGUCAUUAAGUAUUAUAAGAUCAAGUAUUUUUAUGAUUUCACGAAUUACGUUAUAGCUUUGGAAGAGAUGGUGGAAAUAACGGAACACUGCCUCAAAGAUCCAGUGGAACGCCUGAGGGAGAUCAGGGACAGCUUCCACGACGUGAUCAAGAAUUUCCAGGACAGCCGCCACUUCAACUCCGUCAACAAGUGUCAGAAGGAGCUACCGGAUGAAGUGGCGGCUGCGCAUUGUAUACUUCACCAGGCUGUUUUGUUCAACGAAACCAUGCAAGACAGCCUCGUUCCAAUCGUCACGAUCAAGACCAGGCAGCAUGCCCAAGACAUAAACACCACUCUUUUCGGAGUACAGAAUUGCCUGAGCGAUUUCGUUCCCAAGAUAUUUGACCAGCUUUUAUUAGACUCUUAUACUAGUAAAUGCGAAUUCUUGAGGGUCAUCAAUGCGUCUGUCUUCGAUCUGAUUAAGGAUAAAUGGAACAAUGAUACCAAUUUCCCAAAAAAAUGGGGACCGCUGGUGAAUAUUUUGAAGGAGAAGACGUAUAAUGCGAAGAAAAAACUUCAAGAUCCACUGUUCUUAACUUUAUUUGCGGCAAAUCUCUCCUCCGAAGAAAUUCUCAAAACUUUAUACUAA